UUGUUGAAGGUCAAGGUCAAUGUUGGGGAUCCAGAAAUAGGGCAGACAACACAGACCUAUGUUGAAGGCUUUAAAAGUAUUUUAAAUAUUUAGAUCUAUCAGUUCAGUUGUUAAUUUUUUACUGCAAAAUGUCAGAAGUUAAAAAGCGUGUCUGUAUAAUUGGUUCUGGUAACUGGGGCUCUGCCAUUGCCAAAAUUGUUGGAUCAAAUGUUGCAGCCAAUGAGAAUUUGUUUGAGCCUGAAAUCUUGAUGUAUGUGUAUGAAGAGAUUGUCAAUGGACAGAAACUCACUGACAUAAUCAACACAGAGCAUGAGAAUGUCAAAUACUUGCCUGAUAUCAAACUUCCAACCAAUGUGAUUGCUAUCCCUGAUGUGGUCAGAGCUUGUACCAAUGCAGACAUUCUUAUCUUUGUGCUACCUCAUCAAUUUGUGAGAGAUACUUGCCUGAAGAUGAGAGAUUUUAUCAAACCUAAUGCUCUAGGAGUUUCACUCAUCAAAGGAUUCAUUCUGUCAGAAACAGAAGGGAUUCAGCUAGUCUCAAAGGUCAUAAGCGAAACUUUGGGAAUUGAAACUGCUGUCCUAAUGGGUGCCAAUUUGGCAACUGAAGUUGCCAGUGAAAUGUUUUGUGAAACAACGAUUGCUUGUGGGAAUGAAAGCUACAAAUCUGUGUUGAAUUCAUUGUUUGAGACGCCAUAUUUUCGCUGUAAAAUUAUCAGAAAUGUAGCAGGAGUUGAGUCUUGUGGAGCUUUGAAGAAUGUAGUAGGUAUUGGUGCUGGUAUUGUUGAUGGGUUAGGCUACGGAGACAACACUAAAGCUGCUGUUAUCAGACUGGGCUUGAUGGAGAUGAUGAAAUUUACUAAAGUUUUUCUUGGAACCGAUGACAAAUCAGUUUUCUUUGAGAGUUGUGGUAUCGCUGACUUAGUUGCUACCUGCCAUGGUGGCAGAAAUCGUCUGCUGGGAGAAGCAGUUGUCAAAUCAAUGAAGAAACGUGGAAUGGCUGGCGUGGAUAUUCGACUUUUGGAGAAAGAAAUUUUGAGAGGACAAAGUUUUCAAGGUCCACUGAUCGCCAAAGAAAUUUAUGGUUACUUGAAAGAAAUCAAUAUGUUAGAUCAGUUUCCAUUGUUUGUAGCAGUACACAGGAUCUGCACACGGGAGGUUGACCCUAGGAACUUUAUUGACUGUCUACGAGACCACCCUGAACAUAUGUAGGCUUUACGUCCAUAUUUUGUCAUGUAUGAACCUGCUUUCAUGAUAUUAUUGUGAUUUCCAAUGCUCUCUGUGGCUUGUGACAAGUCUUUGGACUUAACACACAUUCAUAUCAUUUCAAUACAUGCCAUGUAGGUAUGUUUAUAUUAGCUCCCCUGUAAUGGAGCUUAGCUAUUAUUCAAAGUAAUUGUCAAUAUAAAGUGUAGUUAGAUGAUAGAGAAGUAUUAUGUAAUAAUGUUAUUUUACAGGAUUUAAAGUUUCUUACUAAAACUAGUGUUGCCUUAUAACAGUUGAGUAUUAUUUAGUAGUUUAUUCAGAUACUUAUGUUAUUAAUAUAAUUUAUUACAUUUUUUUAGUUGUAGCUCGGUAGAAAUGUUUCUUUAAAUCCUUGCAAAAGCAACAUUAUUAAACUUUGAUAAUCAUAUAAGGAUCUAUAUGUAUAUUAAAAAUGUGUUUGCAAUUGAUUAAAAACAUAAAUGCUUUUUACAAAAGCACUUUUCAUAUAGUAAAGUUGAUAUUUUUACAAAUUAAUAUAAUUUUUUAAAGCUGUGAUUCCUUAUCUUUUUUCAAAGUUUUUUUGUCUUUAUAACAUUACAUUUUAAAUUAAGGUGAUACUCUUCAGGGUAGCUUUAUUUAUAUUCAUUAUUUUAUUUUAAAUUACACUCAGUUAGUAAUGUGGCCUUCUGUUAUAAUGUCCUGAUACCUAUGCAGAGAUUAUAUAACAAGUAGUUUAAAAUUACAAUUUCUGGAAGGAGAAACACCACAUUCUUUUGUUUAUACAGCAAACAAAAUUUCUUAGUAUAACUUAAUGUCUAUUUAGUAAACUUUUCACCAUAAUAAUUUCAUUUUCUAAUCUUUGGAAAAAAAAACUAGUUCUGUUAACGCUUAGCUCAAAUUAAUAUUGUGACAAAUUUUCUACCCUUGUUUUUUAUCAGCUCAGAUUAUACACAUUUAAUUUUUUUAAUAAUUCUGUUGUUUUUUUUUUACUUGUUUUACUAAAUAAUUGGUAUUUUAAGAUGCAAGUCUUAAAUUAACUUUAACCAGAAAUCAUAACAAUCCAGUAUGAUCCGAUCAAUUGGCUAAAGAAGUGAUUUUAGAAGAAACACUGAUAAGUACUACAAUGAUUUUUUCUGUAGGUAUCCUGAAGUUUUUGCCAUCAUUUACUUUUUUAUAUAUUUAGUUUGCAUUUGAAGUUUAUACUGUUGCUGGGUGACAAGUAUUAUAUUUCUUAACCUUUAAUAUUGGAGAUGUAGAAGUAUUUUCUAAUUGUUUUCUGUUUCUGAUGGGGGAAAAUCUCACUUUUUCAAAAAACUUUUAUUCAGUUGAGCUUUUUAAGACUUUUACUAGCUCUAUUCAUGAGCAAAUCCACUCAACUCAAGUACCUGAAAAGCUGGUUGGGUAGUUACUCCACUCAUCUACCCUCUAUAUUUUAAAGUUGUGAGAAAGGGUUAACUAUAAUUUUAUUUGAUGUGUGAUUUACUGCUGUAUCUUGUAAAACAAUUUACAUGUAAAUAGUCAAGUUCAGAAACCUAAGCUGUAGUAAAGGAAUAAAAAGGUUAUGAAUUAUGUUUGUAUUGAAAUGUAACCUAAAUUUUCCUAUUGAAUGUAUCAUUGACCUAUUGGUAUGAUUCUUUAGUGUGCUCCUUAUUAACCUUUCUCAGCAGAUAAUCAACAUCCUUGCAUGUAUUUGUCUAGUGCAACAAGAAAUUUGUUUUAACUCAGGAUUCAUUUAGUUGAAAGUAAUGUAUUUUCAGUACAUGAAAAUUGGACCUCUGAAUGGAACUGCUAGCUAGCAUGUAAUUUUUUGAAGAUUAUUCACUGCAUUGGUGCAUUCCAACUAAAUCUAGUACAUUUUUUAUGUACUGUAAGAGUGAACAAAUAAGAAUAUGCUUAAUUAUUUUUUACAAUUACGAUCUUAGUGAAUUUUUUUUUGUCAUUUCCAUCCAGUUUUACACCCUGAUUGUUUUAUGAAUUUCAAUAACAAUAUCAAGCUAACUUACAAUGCCUAAUUAAGUUAAUUAGGUUUAGAAUAAGCAGGUACCUGUAUACAAUUUAUCUUGACACUAUACAAAUUAUCUAUCUUUAGAAUCAAUGUCCAUUUUUAUCUUAAAAAAGCAUUGUAUGGUUUUCCUAUCCUAAAUUGUAAUGAAUAAAUUGUUUUGAUCUUUGGUUCUAUAAUACAGGCUUUAUUUUGUUUUAAUCAUAAGCUGGAUUUUAAGAUUGUCAGGUGUAAUGACUUAGCUACCUGACUGCUAAGUAACAAAAUCUGCCUCAGGGCAAGCAAAUUAAUCAGCUGUAAUGCUGGUGUAGACAAAUCUAUACAGCUUAUCUUUUGCCACCUUGUGGGAAUCCUGUAUACCAUUUAAAAAACCCCACUAAUUUUACUGAUUAAAACACUAUACAAAGAUAAUCAGAACAAAUCCAGAAUAGU